AUGAGUGGUGAGGGGGCUGUUCUUGUGCGGUUUGUCCUCAGCGGUGCAUGCUACCCCGCGUACUCGGGACGCCAGCUGCAGCUGGAGGUGCCACUAAUUCAGGAGAAUGGCUCCUCGACGACGACGACAGACCUAAAGCGUCAGAUACGGAGGGAAUGGCCGAGUGACUUGUCGGAGAUGCAGGAAAUCAUCAAAACCGUAGAAAUGAAGAUUCUGCGAACGGGAAAACUCCUCGCGGACGGCACCCCGCUGCGGAGUGUUCUCAGUUCUACCGAAGCGCAGGAAUGUAGUGUAAAUGUAGGAGCGGGCGCCAAAAACGGUGAUGAGCCAAGGUCCGUGUUGAUGCAUUUGGUGUUUCAAAGGAACAACACCACAACGAGACGCGAGAAGGGGGGUGACAAGGCAGCGCCGGGCAAAAGAAAAGAAACUGGCGGCAGCGACAGCAAUUGCUGCUCAACCAUGUGA